AUGGGUUACGACAGCUUUAAUAGACAACCCCGGUUCAAACCAAUUGACCACCUUUAUGAAUCCAGAUUGCGCCAAUUCACAGAUGGUGGCAGAUAUGUUGACUUGAACCUCCCCAAGUUUUACGAUGUCUAUCGUCAAGAAAUUGGCAACUUGAAAUCGUGGAAAGUCCCAGAUAACGAACACGGCAAGACCCAACGUCCCUUAUGGAAAGAUAUAAACUUUGACGAAGUUCACUGGGAAAAUAUCGGCAUUGGCUACCGGUUUGGUCCUUCUUGGAAAACCUUCUGGGUUAAAUUCGAAUUGGACAUUCCAGAAGAGUUUUUACAAAGUGAAGGAUUGGAGAUACAAUGGGAAACCGGCUCAGAAGGAUUGCUUUACAAUGCUGUUGGGCUCCCAUUGCAAGCAUUUUCCAAUGAACGUCAAUCAUUUCGUAUCCCUAAGGAAUACAGAAAACUAGGCAAGCAGUUGUUUUACCUUGAAGUUGCCUGUAAUGGCAUGUUUGGAAAUGGAUCGGAUGGGUUCCCUGAUCCAAACAAAUAUUUUAGAUUGAGUAGAGCCCAUUUGGUCGUGCUUAAUAUGGACGCAAGAAGACUAUACUACGACUUCUGGAUCUUGAGUGAUGGCUCAAGAGAAUUUCAAGGCGGUACUUGGCAGAAGUACCAAGCAGCUGAUUUAUGUACUCAAAUCAUGAAUGUUUUUGAUUCUCAAGAUUCGGAAUCCAUCAAGGCCUGUCGUGAAUUGGCCAGAAAGAUGUUGGGUAACAAGAUUGAUACAGAAGAAGUGUACGAUGUAUUCCCUCAUCAGGAUAAACGCAUUGAUGUGUUUGCCGUGGGUAAUUGUCACAUUGAUACCGCUUGGGAAUGGCCAUUUGCCGAAACGAAAAGAAAGAUUGUCAGGUCAUGGACCACGCAAUUGAAAAUCGCCGAUGAGUACCCAGAGUAUGUCUUUGUGGCGCUGCAGAUGCAACAGUUCAAAUGGUUGAAACAAUAUCACCCAGAAAUCCUCACCAGGAUUAAGGAAAAGUUCACCACCAACCAGUUUUUGCCCAUUGGUGGAUCCUGGGUGGAAAAUGACACUAAUGUCCCCAAUGGAGAAUCUCUUAUUCGUCAAUUCUUGCUUGGUCAACGAUUCCAAAUGAAUGAAUUUGGGUUCUAUUCAAAUAUCUUUUGGUUGCCUGAUACGUUUGGUUACAGUUCCCAAAUCCCCCAAAUCUGUCAAAUUGUCGGGGUAUCACGGUUCUUGACACAAAAAUUGUCUUGGAAUAACAUCAACACAUUCCCAUUGACCACCUUUAAUUGGAAAGCUCUCGAUGGAUCUCAAGUUUUAGUCCAUAUGCCUCCAGCUAACACGUAUACUGCAAGUGCUCAUUUUGGAGAUGUCAUGAGAUCACUGCAUCAACACAAGAAUCUUCGGGAUGUUCCUGCUGGAUUGUUACUUUACGGUCACGGGGAUGGUGGUGGUGGCCCCACUGAAGAAAUGCUUGAGAAAUUGAGAAGAUGUAGAGGGUUGGCCAACACGGUAGGUUUGAUGCCUACUGUUCAAUUGGGAGUCACGAUUGAUGAUUUCUAUGAACAUGUAUUGGAAAAUUCUAACCAAGGUCAGAAAUUGCCAACUUGGACAGGUGAGAUUUAUCUUGAAUUCCAUAGAGGUACUUACACAACCCAAGCCUUGGUCAAGAAGUAUAUGCGUCAAGGAGAAAUUGCCUUGCAUGAUUUAGAGUUAAUUGCUGGUCUUGUUAGUAUUAAGUUCGACAAGUACAAGUACCCAGCCAAGGAGAUUAACGAUUUGUGGGAAGAUUUAUUAUUGUGUCAAUUCCAUGAUGUCCUUCCUGGUUCCUGUAUCGGUGAAGUUUACUACGACGAAGUGCAUCCAAUGUUGGAAUCAUUGUUAAAGAAAGCCGCUGGACUUAUUCAAGAUGCAUUGAGAUAUUUGCGCAAGCCAAAGAGUGUGAAGGAAGUUCAACUUGUGAAUACUUUUCCAUGGGACAGAACUAACGAAAUUGUUCAUGUCCAUAAACAAGAAUCUCCGGAAUUGUUCCAAUUGUUAGAAGGACAAAAUGUAGGUAUUGUUCAAAAUGAUGGUGCCACUCGUUCUAUUUCUGUCAAUUCCAUUAAUGGAGAAACGACCAUUAACAAUUCGGUAGACUAUCCUGCAUCUGUUCAAGAAAAGGACGGGUUCUUUGUUUUGUCCAACAAAUUACUCAGUGCCAAGAUUUCUCCAACUGGUAUAGUUACCUCAUUAUAUGAUGAAGUCAACCAGCGUGAGAUUAUUGAUUCUACCCCUACUGAUCAAACCAGUAGUGAAUUUAUCGGUGGGAACCAGUUUGUUUUAUUUGAUGAUGAACCAUUGAAUUGGCCUGCUUGGGAUACUGAAUUGCACUCGUUAGAAAAGUUUAAGUUGUUAAACAAUGGUGAGUCGCAAGUAUUGGUGAAUGAUGAAUUAGAAUCUUCAAUUUUGGUCACUCAUAGAAUUUCCAGCCAAUCUUCUAUCCACACCGUUAUCUCUUUAGCUGGUGUUAAGACCAAGGACAAUCUUGAAAACAACUUCCUUAAGUUUUCAAGCAAGGUUUCAUGGCAUGAAAACAAUCUUUUCCUCAAGGUGCAAUUCCCCACUACGAUAUUCACGCCACCUACCGCCAACUAUGAAACUCAGUUUGGUAUAACUACCAGACCAACCCAUUACAACACCACCUGGGACGUGGCUAAGUUUGAAGUUGCACAUCAUAAGUUCAUGGAUUUGAGUGAGUUCAACUAUGGUGUUUCGAUUUUAAACAAUUGCAAGUAUGGUGGUGCCAUUCAUGGUAACUUGAUGAGAUUGUCAUUAUUGAGAAGUGCUAAGGCACCUGAUGACCGUGCCGAUAUGGGUGACUACCAUGAGUUUGAGUAUGCCAUUUACCCCCAUGCUGGAAACUUGGGUGAGAGCACCGUUCGUGCCGGUUACAAUUUCAAUUACAAGUUGAUUGCUGAACCUAUUGCCCAUACUGAUUUGUUCAAGUCGGUCAAGUUGGAAGGUGGUAAGUCGUUGGUUUUGUCCCAUAUCAAACGUGGUGAAAAUGAUUAUGACGUGAAUCAAUUUGAAGUGUUCAAGACUGACACUCCAGAAAAGUCACUUGUUUUGAGAGUGUAUGAGUCCUUGGGUGGUAGUUCCAGUGGUAAGCUUGUGUUUGAUAAGCUGUUGAAGGUGGACAGUGUGUUCAAGACAUGUGCUUUGGAAAUUCAUGGUGAACAGUUGCGUGUGGAUGAUGGUUCCGUAGAUAUCUCUUUGAGAUCAUUUGAGAUUGCUACUUAUAAGGUUUAUUUAAAGUAG